AUGAUUUUUAUUUUAAUUCUAAUAUCAAUAGAUUAAUUUUAAGCUAUAAGAAAUAUAGCUAUUACAUUAGGUCCAUUAUCAUAAUAAUCUAUUACAUAUGUAAUUUAUUAAGAAGAAUAACUUAAUUAAUAAUUUAGUUCAAAUCAAACUCGUUGGAGCAAUUGUUCACCUUUAGAUUUAUUAUAUAUAAAAUCAAAUUUGAAUUAACCAAUCGCAACUACUCCUUUAACUAUAAUUAACACUGGAGAUACAAACAUAAUCAUAGAUUCAUUAAGGCUUAAUACUUAAAAGGGUCAGACACUAAAAAUUGAAUUAAGUAAAAUAUAUUUAAUCUAGAUAAUACUAAUAAUAUUUUAGUGAAAGCAAAGAGUGUUGAGAUAAUAAAUAUUUAAUAUAUUUGUGAAAAGAUAUUAACCAAAAGGAAUUAUUGGGCUGUUAUUGAUAUUACUUUAAUGAUAUCCAAAGAAUCAUUAAAAUUUUCAUACCAGUACAUUUGCGAUCCUAAUUUCCAUCCAAAAAGAUUUGAUUGGAGCUAUUUAAUUUUAAUAGUGAUGAUGUCAAUAAUUGUAUUAAUCCUAUCAAGAGAACAAUAAUUAAGUGCAUUUAAAAUCACAUAUUAUGAUAAAUAAAAUAAUAGAAAUAUAAUAGUGUUUCAAGGAUUUCAUUUAGGUUUGAAAAGUGCUUUUAUUUAUAAUUUUUUAUUUGUUAUAGGUUUAAUAGCAGCUUAUAUUUUUUAAAAAACAGUUGAAGAUAUUGAGGAAAUAAUUGUUCGAUGCUUUUGUUUUCUUUUUGGAUUUAUUUUAAUCAGUGAAGUUUACUUUUUAUUUAAUUUAGCUUUGCUAUAAAAUGUAAUUCUUAAAAAUAAAAAUAUUUUCCAUCCUAAGAGCUUGUGAUAUUAUUGGAUUGCUUGUUUCUAUUGUAACUUUGCAUUUAUAUAUUGAAAAUGAUGAACCUUGGAUGGUAUUAAAAUAAUAGAUAUUUUAGAUUAGUAACAUCUUAACAAUAUUUCUGGUUGGAUCUUCAAUCAAAUUAUUUAAGAUAACUAGUUUAAGAAAUGGUCUAUAUUUUUUUAUUCCAUGUAUAAUAAUGGAUAUACUUUUUUCAAUAUAUGGAAGUUUGUUUGUUCGUUAUGAAUGGGAUAGUUUAAUUAUGAAAUACUUUAAUACUCCAUUAACAGCUUAAUUUCCUUAUUUUUAUCCUAUAUAUAAAAAGAAAUGUGGAUGGUUAUCAAUAACCUCUAUAUUAUUUCCAGCCUUUUUCUUGGCAUAUGCCCAUAGAGUUGAUAGAUUUAAAGAUUCCAUAAUAUAUAGAUUAAUUUCAUUCAUAGGAUUGCUUGUAGGAAUAAGUUUAUGGUUUACUUUUUCUUCUUUGUAUUCCAUACCAUUACCUGUUUCAUCAUUUACACUUUUUCCAACUAUUGGGAUUAGUGCUUUCAUAGCUUUUCAAAGAAAUGAAAUUAAAACAAUGUGGAAAGGGGAUUUCUAUGAUCAAGUCUUACUAAAUCCUUGGAGACACUAAGUUUAAGUGAUCUAAUCUAUCCAUUUACUCAAUAAACUUAAAAAUGAGGGAAUGGAAUUGCAAAAUCUUGCUGAUUAAUAAUAAUAACAUUAAUAAGUUUAACUCUUAAGAAUAUAAAGAGGUUAAGUAAGAUUAAACGAUUCUUUAUUUUAAGGUUUAUUAGAAUGA